AUGCGUGUCUUGACCGAUAGCAGCGGCCUAGUCCGCGUGGUCCUCUGCAUGUUCCUCAUACUCGAGUCCCUCGUACAAGCCCUUGCCGUCGAUGCUCCCGACACAGACGACGAUCCUCGGACAUAUGAUUAUAUUGUUGUUGGGGGAGGAACUGCUGGCAUCGCAUUGGCCACACGGCUGACGCAGAAGGCCUUCAGCGUGGCCUUGGUCGAGGCGGGUGGAUACUAUCAAUCUCUGUCACUGGCUGCCAUACCAGGGAGUGACUUACUCCGAGUCGGCUCGCGGCCACAUUUUCGAUCGCUGAUUGACUGGGGAUUCGUGACGCGCCCUGAACCCGGUGCCAACAUGCGGUAUAUCCACUAUGCCAGAGGGCGAUGUCUAGGCGGAUCCUCUGCACUCAACUUUAUGAUAUACCAGAGACCCACGCGCGACUCGAUGGCCGAAUGGGCAGCAGCUGUGAACGACAGUAGCUAUACCUGGGACCGUGUUUUGCCGUACUUCAAGCGCACCGUUCAUUUUACACCUCCUAAUACCCUCGCUCGAUUCCCGAAUGCCACACCCAGCUAUGACCCCCGCGCGUACGAACCAAGCGGAGGCCCUCUCGAGGUAUCAUUUGCCAACUAUGCCAUGUCUUUUUCCACGUGGAUGAAACUCGGAAUGAAUGCUAUUGGCAUUGAGGAUAUACAGGACUUCAACGCAGGGUCCUUGAUCGGAACACAGUACUGCACCGUGACUGUUCGGCCGCCAGACGAGACCCGCAGCAGCUCACAAACCUCCUUCCUUGGGAAAGUAAAACCCCCUUCAAUGGAAAUAUUCCUCUAUACAGUCGCUCAGAAGAUACUCUUCGAUGAUAAAAAACGUGCCAUCGGUGUGUUAGUCACAAACAAAUCGUCUGUCCCAUUUGAACUGCAUGCACGCAGAGAAGUGGUGGUGUCCGCGGGUGCUUUCCAAUCGCCGCAGCUCUUGAUGGUGUCGGGCAUAGGUCCGGCUGAUACACUCAAAGAUCGUGGCAUCCCGGUACUUGCAGACCGUCCAGGUGUGGGACAAAACAUGUGGGAUCAUCCCUUCUUUGGACCUUCCUUCCGGGUCGAAGUAGCCACCUUCACCGAUUUUGUCAACGACCUCUGGUUCUUUUUUCAACAGGUUAUCAAGUGGUUUUUCCUCGGUCGCGGAAUGGGGACCAGUCCUGGUGCAGAUUAUCUGGCAUGGGAAAAGAUUCCCGACAGUUUGCGAUCCGGCUUUUCCAACAAAACCUUGACCGAUUUGAGUCGAUUUCCGUCAGACUGGCCCGAGGCCGAGUACAUGUCUGGGCCUGGGUAUCUAGGCUCGUUCUCAGACCCUGUUAUUGACCAACCCAAGGAUGGGUAUCGCUACGCGUCAAUGCUAGCCGUACUAGUUGCCCCUACCUCGCGCGGCAAUAUAACGAUCCGGUCGGCAGACAUGGAUCAUGCCCCAAUUAUCAGUCCUAACUGGCUGGACAGCGAGUCCGACCAGGAAGUUGCAAUUGCCAUGUUCAAGCGCAUCCGUGAAGCGGCCACCAGUGCGGCUAUGGCGCCGGUCAUGGUAGGACCUGAAUAUGACCCAGGCAGACACGUUGCAACCGACGAUGAUAUCCUCGAGUACAUUCGGAAUAGCCUGAUGACGAUAUGGCACCCUGCUUGCACAUGUAAGAUGGGAAGACCAGAUGACCCUCUGGCCGUUGUAGACAGUCAGGCGCGUGUCUAUGGAGUGGAAGGCCUGCGAGUUGUAGACGCCAGUGCGUUUCCAAUCUUGCCACCGGGACACCCACAGUCCACCGUCUGUGAGUUGAUUGACCAUUCCUACUAA